AUGGCCGAAUCAUCUUCGCAAGCAAACAUGGAAAACCCUCCAGCCAACAGCCAGAAUGCUUCUCAGGCUGCUUCCAAUAGCACACCGCUUCCGAAAUGCUUUUGCAAUUGGAAACACUGCCGGACAUAUCAAAAGGCUUUUCGGGAGUACAAGCACCCUUUCUUCAAUGGUGUAAUCAAGCUCAAGUUUACACAGAACGAUUCCCGCAGUAUGGGUCUCAAAUCCACUGUGGAUCGAGUGCUUCAUGUAGAUUCGGCUAGACGCAACGAUUGGAAGGAUGGAGAGAAUGGAGAACCAUUUUGUCGCUACUAUGUAGCUAGGCAUCAUUUCACCGAAGCCUUGAUUAAUGAAUAUUUUCAAGAUCGGCGAGGUUGGGACUGGAAUAAGCCUCUCUCCAUGAGGGAGGCCAAGAAACUCCUCUGGUCUCUUGAUAGAGAUGAUGUCUAUCUUUCGGAUGAUGAGGAGUCGAAUGAGGAGGACGAUCGAUAUGUCCAAGCACCGAAUGUGCCCAAAGAUAAGGUCCGCGAAAUGCUCAAGGAAUUCAAGGACCAACACAAGAAGGCCUUGGCAGCGGAAUCUACUCCAAAUGAGCAAGAGACUGUGGAUACGGCUCGAUCUACUUUGAGCAACUCAGUGGCAGACACUUUGAAGGUGUUUGAAGACUCGGUUGGCCAAGAGGAUCCCGAUACCAAGGAUGUGAUCUUGGCUGAAAAGGAGGAAGAGAAUCGUCGAUUAAGAGAUGAGAUCCAGGAAUGCCAACAGCAACUCAACUCGCUGAGGGAUAUGGUCAAGAAGUUGGUGGACAUGGACCGAAGUCGGUCCUCGGAACCCACCAAAAAGAAAAAAUCCAAAUCAAAGUCCAAAUCAAGGCGUCGGCAAGAGUCGUCUUCCGAAGAUGAAGACGAAGAUUCAUCUUCGGAAGAAGAAUGGUCUCAAGAGCGAGAACGAAAUCAACAAUCUGAUGAUGAUGAUGAAACCAUUUCGACCUUGCACGUGAACGGUGAAGUGGGAGGGCAACAAGCACGUGUACCAGUUACCAAGCCACGAAGGCCCGCGCAACCGGUUCGAAAAACUUCCAUUCACUCUCGAAGAAGCGUCCGAAGAACUUCGGUUCACUCAAGACGCGAAUCCAUCCAUUCGCGAAAGUCCCUCCGAAGGGAAUCCUACCACUCCCGUCGCAGUAUGCGCGGAGGCGCUAGCGAUGAUGCGUCUGUGGUCAGCCGACAGUCCCUGGCGUCGGUCAGUCCAAGUAUCAAGUCUCUCCCACGUGAGAUUGAACUCAACGAUGAAGAAGAGGAAGAUUCUUUCUUCGAUGACUCCUACCGCAAGCCCGACGAUGAUGCUCGAUCGGUUGGAUCUCGAUCCGCUGCCUCCAAGGCAUCUCGACGCUCUUUUGUCUCUGGACAGCGGUCGCGAGGUCGCAACUCUCGAAGACCGACAACCGCAUCGACUGGCAGCAGCCGGAAGAAAGGAGCCCCAGGACCUCCAAAUGCCAAUGCCAGCACAAGCGAUUCCCGAUCCAAGGGUAGCGAUGGUGGUUCAGGCAAUGGCCGUAACGUUCCUCGUGAAAUUGACUUGUCUGGAGAUGAAUUGGAGGAUGUUACUUACUCCAAUGUCUCCAACGAUACCUCCUUUGUCAAAGACAGGCAAAUCGUGGAUCCAUAUGGAGAAAAGGGUGUUUACACGGGCGAGCUAUCCAAGAGUACAUGCAUGCCCAAUGGUCGUGGUCGAUUGGAGUACGAAAAGGAAGGAAGAUGGUACGAGGGAGACUGGAUUCACGGUCGAUGGACUGGAACAGGUUGCCUCAGCAAUGGAGAUGGCGACUUUUACGAGGGUGGCCUCAAAAAUGAUCACAAGCAUGGUGAAGGUAUCAUGAAGUUUGCGGAUGGACGAAUCUUUGAAGGUGAAUACAUUCGCGGACAAAUGAUUCAGGGACAAAUGACCUAUCAAGAUGGUUCUGUCUACGGCGGAUCCUGGGUCGAUGGCAUGCGCCACGGAAAGGGCAAAUGUGUCUUUGUGGACGGCUCCGAGUAUGACGGCGAAUUCCGCGAAGGUAACUUUCAUGGUCACGGCAAGAUGACUUGGAACGAUGGUGGGUGGUAUGUGGGCGAAUGGUGCGACGGUGAGAUGCACGGUCGCGGAAAAGAGAUUAGGCCCGAUGGCAGUUUGAGGCACGAUGGCGAAUGGGCCCGCGGACAACCCAUUCGAUCGGCAGCGGAUUCACGAAGGAGACGCCAGCAAAUGCCGGAUAGCUAA